AUGACAGGUUUCCUCAGUUUCGUUUGGGGACAGUGGACCACCCAGCUUCCCAAGCCCACUACUUCCUUUGCAGACAAAACUGUUAUAGUAACAGGAAGCAACGUCGGCCUUGGCAAGGAAGCUGCACGCCACAUCACGCGUAACAAUGCCUCGACAGUCAUCCUCGCCGUACGUUCACUCGAAAAGGGCGAAGCAGCCAAGAAGGACAUUGAGGCGAGCACCGGAAAGAAAGACGUCGUCAAAGUAUGGCAGCUCGACAUGUCAAGCUACCAAUCCGUUCUCGACUUCGCCGCUCGGGCGAGCAAAGAGCUACAACGGCUUGACAUUGCCGUACUCAACGCCGGUGUCGCGAAGGGAGAGUGGGAGGUCUUCGAGAAAGAUGAAGGAACAAUCACUGUAAACGUCGUGUCGACAUUCUUACUGGCUCUCGCGCUCCUUCCGAAGAUGAAGCAAACGGCAAACCAAUUCAACACUCGACCCACCCUCUCAAUCGUCGCUUCCGAAGUCCACGCCUGGGCCAAGUUCCCCGAGGCAAACGCGCCAAAUGGCCAGAUCUUCCCUGAACUCAGCAAGAAGUUCCCCACGCUGAAUGCUGAGAACAUGGGCAACCGAUACCAAGUAUCGAAGCUGCUCGACGUGUUCGGUACGCGCGCAAUGGCCGACCGCAAGUCUGCACAAGCGAUCCCCGUCACGUUUAACUGCGUCAACCCUGGCCUUUGCGAGAGUGAGCUUGCACGCGACGCGGGCAUGGGAUUGAAGAUCAUGAAAUUUUUCCUCGCACGCACUACCGAGUUCGGAAGCAGGACGUUGGUGCAUGCUGCGGCUGCAGGUGCUGAGACACAUGGCCAUUAUCUGAGCGACUGUCACAUCCAACUACCGAGUGACUAUGUGCGGAGCCCGGAGGGAUAUGAGGCACAGAAUCGGGUUUGGGACGAGCUGGUGGCGAAGUUGGAGGCUAUCAAGCCUGGCGUGACGGCCAAUUUGUAG